UAGGUAGCAGGACAGACUGUGAUGUUAUCUCUGGUCCUCUAGGUAGCAGGACAGGCUGUGCUGUUAUCUCUGUUGGUCCUCUAGGUAGCAGGACAGACUGUGAUGUUAUCUCUGUUGGUCCUCUAGGUAGCAGGACAGACUGUGAUGUUAUCUCUGUUGGUCCUCUAGGUAGCAGGACAGACUGUGAUGUUAUCUCUGGUCCUCUAGGUAGCAGGACAGACUGUGAUGUUAUCUCUGUUGGUCCUCUAGGUAGCAGGACAGACUGUGAUGUUAUCUCUGUUGGUCCUCUAGGUAGCAGGACAGACUGUGAUGUUAUCUCUGUUGGUCCUCUAGGUAGCAGGACAGACUAUGAGCCAGUCUGUGGUCGUCCUCAUGGUGUGCGGUUGGACAGUGGUGGUCAGCUGAUCGUAGCUGACUCCUACUUUGGGCUGUUUUCUGUUGACCCCCAGACUGGACACAAGACCCUGUUACUGGACAGCAAGACAGGAGCUGACGGGGUUCCGUUUGCGUUCCUGAACGGCUUGGAGAUAUCCUCUCAGACUGGGAUCAUUUACUUUACGGACUCCUCCUCUCGCUGGGGACGACGACACGUCAAACUAGAGGUGAUAGAGACCAACGCUCUGGGUCGUCUCCUGACCUUUGACCCCGUGUCAGGGCGUGUGGGUGUCCUACUGGAUGGUCUCUACAUGCCCAAUGGCAUCGCCCUGUCACCUGACGAGAGCUUCCUGCUGCUGGCCGAGACCAGCAUCGGGUGUAUCCUCAGGUACUGGCUGAAAGGCCCCAAGGCUGGCACCAAGGAGGUCAUCAUGAACAAUAUGCCUGGUUACCCUGACAACAUCCGCCUUAGCGACCGUGGAACCUUCCUGGUUGGCCUAACGACCACACGUUUCAGGAAGCUCAUGCCUCCAUUCCUGGACCUGAUUGGUCCGUACCCAGCGGUCAAACGCUUUCUGGCUAAGGCCCCCGUGUUAGACCUCUCCCAGGCCCCUGUGUGGUAG